GUGGCUGUACCUCAGAAACCUUCGUGGCCAGAGAUGGAGACCGAGCCCACAGAGCAGGUCUCCUGGGGCGCGUAUUCUGGCGACGAUGAGGAGGCCUACUCAGCGGAGCCUCUGCCAGAGCUGUGCUACAAGGCGGAUGUCCAGGCCUUCAGUCGAGCCUUCCAAUCCAGCAUCUCCCUGACGGUGGCCGCCCUGGGCCUGGCAGGCAACGGCCUGGUCCUGGCCACCCACCUGGCAGCCCGGAACGCGGCCCGCUCACCCACCUCCGCCCACCUGCUCCAGCUGGCCCUGGCAGACCUUCUGCUGGCCCUGACCCUGCCCUUCGCCGCAGCGGGGGCCCUGCACGGCUGGAGCCUGGGAAGUGCCACCUGCCGUGCCAUCUCGGGCCUCUACUCGGCCUCCUUCCACGCAGGCUUCCUCUUCCUGGCCUGCAUUAGCGCCGACCGCUACCUGGCCAUCACGCGGGCCCUCCCGGCCCGGCCGAGGCCCUCGGGGCCGGGCCGGGCACAUCUGGUCUCCGUCACCGUGUGGCUGCUGUCGCUGCUCCUGGCGCUGCCUGCUCUUCUUUUCAGCCAGGACGGGCAGCGGGAAGGGCAGCGGCGCUGCCGCCUGCUCUUCCCUGAGGGCCUCGCGCAGACGGUGAAGGGGGCGAGCGCGGUGGCGCAGGUGGCGCUGGGCUUCGCGCUGCCGCUGGGCGUCAUGGCAGCCUGCUACGCGCUGCUGGGCCGCACGCUGCUGGCCGCCAGGGGGCCGGAGCGCCGGCGCGCGCUGCGCGUGGUGGUGGCCCUGGUGGCGGCCUUCGUGCUGCUGCAGCUGCCCUACAGCCUGGCGCUGCUGCUGGACACGGCCGACCUGCUGGCCGCGCGCGAGCGGAGCUGCCCAGCGAGUAAGCGCAAGGACCUGGCCCUGCUGGUCACCGGGGGCCUGGCCCUCGCGCGCUGCGGCCUCAACCCCGUGCUCUACGCCUUCCUGGGCCUGCGCUUCCGCCGGGACCUGCGGCGGCUGCUCCGGGCUGGCAGCGGGGCUGGGAGCGGCCGCCCAGGGCCUCGCCCCCGCGGCCCCCGCUGCCCCCGGCGGCCCCGCCUUUCUUCCUGCUCCGCUCCCACCGAGACGCACAGCGUUUCCCACCGGGACCACUAGGGCUGCGCAUCCAGAGGAGGGGGUGACAAAGGAAAUGGAUCGGGGAGGUUUCUGGGGCGGGGGGGAGGGGGGAUGGAGGUGGGAGGUAGGUGUGGGAACGCCGAUAAAGGGGUGGGGACCUACAGGAAUUGCUUCCGUACUUGGCCACAUUAAAUGGAUAACAUGGGAAUGUGAUGCAACCCGACGAAUGUUACUAUUUUUGAGUCGCUGGCUGGAAAGUGAUUUGUAGCGGAGCCGAGCCCGGGUCCCUCACCGCCCGCCCGCCUCUCCCGCCCCGGGCCCGGGGCUCUAAGGGGGGAGGGCGCUGGGAGCCCGGUGGGGCCGGGGGCUGCUGAGCUGCUAACGCUCCGGGCCGACACCUCCUCCACCUUCGCCCGCUCCCCGCCGGCGGAGGUGAGGUGGGAAGGCUGCCAGCGAGCAGGGGCGGGGGUUCCUCUGGAGACGCCGCGGAGAAGAGCUUUCGAACAACCCGGGGUGCUCUCCAACAAUGGCCGCCCCGGCCAGGACCGGGCUCCCGGCCUCCGAGUGUCCGGGCUGCGGCCGCCGGGGGCCGGGGGCGCCUGGGGGUGGUGCGGGGACAGGGACGGGGCAGAGAUUCCCGUUUUGCGUGGGCUUUCAGAUUAAGUGACCGUUUUAGAGUUUCUUCUGUAAAAAUUCUGUGGUGGAAAGCGGGGGAUGGGGGUGGGCAAAAAGUUGAGUCGAAGUUUUUCACCUUGGAAAAAGCAAGGAGGAAAUCCCAAUUUGCACAUUUCCAGAGUCAUUAUCCUGGGGGAGGAGGAAGGGAGGGGACUGUGGUUCUCCAAUGCACCGAGGCAGCCGGGGAGAACUUCCCUGCAGCGAGCCUGGGACCCGGACCGGGAAGAGAACUUAGGGUGGUGAUGUCUCUAUCCCCAGGGCACCUCGGGGCAGACCACGCUCCUCUCCGGCCAGGGCCAGGCCCGGUGACCUGCAGAGACAGGCGCACAGAUGGCUUUGGUCUUUGUUUUACACCAUCACGGCGGGCAGGAUGGUGUCCAAGAGCGAGCGACUCCUCUCCGCAGUUUAAUAUCCGGUCAGCCAAGCCGCCCCGACCCCUCCGGCCAGCAGCCUGGGGACCGGGGACCUGGGGCAGGAAGGGCGUGGCUGGCGUGGCGGGGUGGUCUCCGGGUCCCCGCCCCGCUCGGACUCAGCCUUCCUGCCCAGAGCCUCCCUCCGGUGGCUGCUGAGAUCCAACCACCGCCUCCAGGGCCAUCAACCUCGGGAAGCAAAGCGCGGAAGUGGCGCCGACCCUCCACACGCCCCACACCCCAGCCCCAGGGGGGCCACCUGGAACCCUCCACCGGAGACCGCGGGGAUCGCCGCUGAGUCAGCAACGCACGCGCGCGCCCGCAGAGGCCCCGGCCCCCCUUCCCCUUCCCCUUCCCCGCCCCGGCCGGCCCUGCCCCGCCGCUCAGCGCCUCGGUUAACCCUUCCUGCACGGAACCGCAGAUGCACCGGGAGGCCUCCUCCCUAUCCGAACACAACAGAACUCCCUGGGAUCCCAGGCGCUCUCCCCACAGGGGCUCGCUGAGCUUUUGCACUCCGGAGUGGGGUCUAUUUCCGGCCUCGCUCUGCACUUCCAAAGGUGACUCAAGUCGAGGAAACGGCCUCCAUUCGGGGCGUCCUCCCCCUCACCCCCGCUCGUGGGCCGUGCCUGCGGCGGAUCGCAGGGACCCCGAGACCACACAGGGAUCAGAGGACAGCGGUCGGACCUUCCUCGGUGCCCUAGGCCCUCGGUUCCCCAGAGCUGCCCCUCCGGAGGGUUUGCACCGUGCAGGCUGGAGAGCCAAGGGUUAACACGAGAGCCUGGAGGCGGGCUCCCGUGACGUCACCAGCACUCGGGCCGACCUCAGAGACGGGGCCGGACUCCCCUCCGCUCUGCCCCCCGCUCCCCCCUUCCCCCCCUCGCCCCUCCCCACUGUCAACAAGCCAGGGGCACGUGACGCAGCCCGCGCCGCUCCGGGAGCCGGAUUGGCGGCCGCGCCCGGCGCCAGGCUCCGGGAUUGGGCAGCGGCGGCUGUGACGAGCGCCGGACC